AUGCAUUGUUUCAUUCAAGACCUAGAUUCGAUUAAUGCCAUGAUUGCUACAUUACCUCCCAUGAAAACAACAAUAACAACAACAAUGACAACAACGGAAACUACUACUUCCACUACAAUACAAACAUCAUUUCAAUGCUAUGAAUGUUCAGGACCCGAUUGCGGUAGAGAAGGUUCAUCUGUCUCAGUCAACUGUCCACGCUGUAUGGUAUACCGCAACCCUAAUGAUCAAACCAUAAUUGAACGUCGUUGUUGUUGGUGGGCAUGUGGAUCUCCAAACUCAGUUAGCAGCUAUAAUGGCUUAGAAACAUAUUUUUGUGCUGCUGAUAAAUGUAAUGGAUAUGGUGCAGAAUCCGCCUUGAGUCCUCCAGUGACAACAACUACAACAACAACAAUUACUACGACUACUACUGCACCUCCAAAAACAUCGUUUGAAUGCUAUGAAUGCUCCGGACCAGAGUGUGGUAAACAAGGUUCACCUGUAUCAAACAAUUGUCCCAGAUGUAUGGUAUAUCGAAAUCCAAAUGAUCAAAUAACAACAACAACGACAACAACUGUUACUACGACUACUACUGCACCUCCAAAAACAUCGUUUGAAUGCUAUGAAUGUUCCGGGCCAGAUUGUGGUAAGCAAGGUUUAUCUGUAUCAAACAAUUGUCCUAGAUGUAUGGUAUAUCGAAAUCCAAAUGAUCAAACAAUAAUUGAACGACGUUGUUGUUGGUGGUCAUGUGGAUCUCCAAACUCUGUUAGUAACUAUAAUGGCUUAGAAACAUAUUUUUGUGGUGCUGACAAAUGUAAUGGAGACGGCGCAGAAUCCGCCCUAAGUCCUCCAGUGACAACAACUACAACAACAAUAAUUACUACGACAACUACUUCACCUCCAAAAACAUCAUUUCAAUGUUAUGAAUGCUCAGGAUCGAAUUGCGGUAGAGAAGGUUCAUCGCUGUCAAGCAAUUGUCCGAGCUGUAUGGUAUACCGAAAUCCAAAUGACCAAACAAUAAUUGAAAGACGUUGUUGUUGGUGGUCAUGUGGAUCUCCAAACUCUGUUAGUAAUUAUGAUGGCCUAGAGACAUAUUUCUGUACUGCUGAUAAAUGUAAUGGUUACGGUGCAGAAUCCGCUCUACGUCCUCCAGUGACAACAACUACGACAACAGUAAGGACAACCACAACAACUACCGCAACAACAACCACAAUGACAACAACAAUAACCACAAUGACAACAACAACAACUAUAUCGACAACGACAACCACUACUACAGCUCCGAAGACAUCGUUUCAAUGCUAUGAUUGUUCAGGGCCGAGUUGUGGUAGAGAAGGUUCAUCUAUAUCAAAUAAUUGUCCGAGCUGUAUGGUAUACCGAAAUCCUAAUGAUCAAAUGAUAAUCGAACGACGUUGUUGUUGGUGGGGUUGUGGACCUUCGAAUUCUAUUGGUAGUCAUAAUGGUUUGGAAACAUAUUUCUGUGCUGCUGAUAAAUGUAAUGGCUUGGGCACCGAAUUCGCCCUCAGUCCUCCAGUGACAACAACUACGACAACAGCGAGGACAACAACAACAACUACAGUAACAACAACUACGGUAACAACAAGCACCAUGACAACAACAACAACUAUAUCGACAACGGCGACCACUACUACAGCUCCGAAGACAUCGUUUCAAUGCUAUGAUUGUUCAGGGCCGAGUUGUGGUAGAGAAGGUUCAUCUAUAUCAAAUAAUUGUCCGAGCUGUAUGGUAUACCGAAAUCCUAAUGAUCAAAUGAUAAUCGAACGACGUUGUUGUUGGUGGGGUUGUGGACCUUCGAAUUCUAUUGGUAGCCAUAACGGUCUGGAAACAUAUUUCUGUGCUGCUGAUAAAUGUAAUGGUUUGGGCACCGAAUUCGCCCUCAUGACGACAACAGCUGCUACUACAACGACUGUAAUUACAACAACAUCAUCUUCGCCGGCUAGUUGUGUUCUUAAUUGUCAAAAUGGUAGUACACCAGAAACUGAAGAUGGCUGCUUUUGCUAUUGUUUAGAGAAUACUAACGGUCGUGAAUGUGAAAAUGUUGAUUGCGCUCAACCGGAUGUUAAUUCUGAAAUCUGCAGUAUUGAAAAUCAACAAUUAUGUGAAGAAAGUGAAACCUUUGCUUUUGAAUGCCUUCAUUUAUGUGGAAAAUGUUAA